AUGGCCAUGAGAGUUCCAGUGAGGCAGAUGAACGGAAAGGUGAUCCUUCUGGAAGUGACUUCCUGUGCGACGGUGCGAGAACUCAAGAGGCAGCUGAGAGGAUGGCAGCCUUGCGAAGAUGAGCUGACGCGGCAAAUGACCACGGUGGAUUUGGUCCUUGGUGAAGAGAAGCUCCUUGACAAUGACGCAACCAUCGAAGAGGCUGGAAUCUCCGCAACUACUUCCGCACUGCAGGUGCUCUACAGCAUCAAUCCUGUUCAAUGCUCCAGACAAGAGUCUAGUGAAGUUGAUGAGGAGGAUUUGCUGGUGGUCAGCAUUCCUGAGUUGUCCACCUGCAUUACUGAGUGCGCCUUCUUCCGGUGCAGCUUCUUGGUGAAGGUCCUCAUUCCUGAGUCGGUGACAGAAAUCGAUGAUUCUGCCUUUGAAGAGUGUGCCUCCUUGAGCUGCUUGACCCUGCCAGGGUCUUUGACCUUGAUCGGAGACUCUGCCUUUGCAGGCUGCACAUCGUUGACGAGCUUGAGCAUCCCACAAUCUGUGACGUACAUGGGGCAAUCUGCCUUCCAAGGGUGUAGCUCUUUAAAAGAUCUCAACAUCUCAGAGUCUUUGAACGAGAUCUCUCCUUCGGCUCUGAGGGACUGUAGCGCUCUGAAGCACUUGACCAUCCCAGACUCGGUGCAUGAGUGUCGUCCUUUGACGACGAACAUGGCCACGUGGGCUGCAGUCAUGGCAUUUCCGAUCCGGUUGCUGGCCCCAAAGGGUUCACCUGCCUGA